UCACAACCAGUUCAAUCAUCACGACUGAUCACGACACCAGUUGGACGACCGCAUUGACGAGAGAAGAGUUUUUUUCUGUAGUUUUAUAAGGGAUUAUUUGUUUACUAUUAAAAGUAUAAAAAAAAAAUAAAAGCCAUGCCUCCAGCAACGGAAUCAAUGCCAAAAGAGAAACUGGAGAAACCAUGGCGUGGAAUAAAUGCAAUAUUUCUUGGACCACCCGGCAGUGGAAAGGGAACACAGGCUCCACUAUUCAAAGAAAGAUACUGUAUUUGCCAUUUAUCAACUGGAGACAUGCUAAGAGCAGAAAUUGAUUCCGGUUCUCAGCUUGGCUCUGAGCUAAAAAAAAUCAUGGAUGAAGGUAAACUAGUCAGUGAUGACCUGGUUGUUAAUAUGAUUGACAAAAAUUUAAGUAAACCGGAAUGCAAACGUGGCUUUUUACUCGAUGGCUUUCCAAGGACAGUGCCUCAAGCUCAAAAGCUUGAUGAGAUGUUGGAAAAGCGACAAAAAAAACUUGAUGCUGUUGUAGAAUUUGGUAUUGAUGAUAAUCUUCUUGUACGACGAAUAACUGGUCGUUUAAUUCAUACUCCAAGUGGUAGGACUUAUCAUGAAGAAUUUGCUCCACCUAAAGUGCCCAUGAAGGAUGAUGUUACCGGAGAACCACUGACUAGAAGAUCUGAUGAUACUGCUGAUACAUUGAAGAAACGUCUAUCCACUUAUCAUACUCAAACUCAACCUCUUGUUGAUUAUUAUGCUCUCAAGGGCAUUCACAAUUAUGUCAAUGCCGCUAAAGCUAGCGAACAAGUGUUUAAAGACAUUGAUAGCAUUUUUCUCAAGGCUAUUAAAGAAGAAGAAAAGCCUGGAUUUUUCAGCAGACUCUUUUCCUAAAGAUGUUAUUUGCUGAAAUGUUAAAACAGAAGUUAUUAUUGAUGCAGACUCAUAUUUCGUAGGCGAAAGUGAUCAAUAGCAGUAAAAAAGUUUUAAAAUUUAUCAUCCAACAUUGUACUAUAGUAGUUCUACUCUUAAUGGCAGUAUAUCACGGGUUUGUUCAAAUUCUUUGAAAUAUUCUACUUGGAACAAAUUUCUUCCUUAGUUUUUGUGUUAAUAUUUCUUUCAAAGCAGCAUAAUGCCUGCUUUUCCUGCUUUAAAAACGUACAAUUGUUAAUAAUAUUGCGCACAUUUGUCAAUAUUUUUUAUAUAUUUUUGCGAUGAAAUAUAAUUUCGAGCAAUUAUAUCGUACAACAGAAAGUAAAUUAAUUUUCAGUCAUGAAAGCGAAUUCUAAAAGAUGAUAUUUUCAUCAUCGUGUUCAAUUUGAUGAUAAAAAAAAAUUUUUAAUGCAAAAAUAAAGUAAAAUUGUUGAAUCUCAACUGUUGA